GCUUUUUUUCUUGAACUGGUGCUGUGCUGGCGCUGGUUUGUACUAUGCUGUGUGUAGUGCAUGUGCUUGAUAAUCUUGUUCGGAACGCGAAAAAUUGCAUCCGUUCUUUUGGCGAGGUACCUCAACAAGAUUUUAACCCUCGUAAAGCGCCUUUUUGGUUAACUCAGUGACGAAAUGACAGAUGUUCCAGAAGUCGAAAAUAUCAAACUGGAAGAGAACAAUGGUAGUUCAACUAGCGCUGCCGACGAGGAAGAUUUUGUAGACCCAUGGACGGUAACGAGCAAAUCGGAUACGGGUGUCGAUUAUGAAAAAUUGAUCAAACGCUUUGGAUGCUCGCACAUAGAUGAUGCCCUAAUUCAACGUCUUGAAAAAGUGGCAGGAAAACCGGUUCAUCCCCUGAUCCGGAGAGGGAUUUUCUUCUCGCAUCGUGAUCUACACACACUACUUAACAUGGCGGAAGCUGGCAAGAAGUUUUAUCUCUACACUGGAAGAGGGCCAUCAUCCGAAUCGAUGCACUUGGGACAUCUAGUACCUUUCAUAGUUACCAAGUGGUUACAGGAAACGUUUGAUGUUCCUUUGGUGAUUCAAUUGACGGACGAUGAAAAAACACUCUGGAAGGAUUUGACCGUAGAGCAAUCGAUGAGGAUGGCACGAGAAAAUGCUAAAGAUAUCAUUGCCAUCGGCUUCGAUGUAAGCAAGACCUUCAUCUUUGCCAAUCUUGAUUACAUGGGUCGUUGUCCGGCGUUUUACCAGAAUAUCAUACGGAUUCAAAAAUGUGUAACCUUCAAUCAGGUGAAAGGUAUCUUCGGAUUUGGCGAUUCGGAUGUUAUAGGAAAAAUUGGUUUCCCAGCGGCACAAGCAGCCCCAGCCUUAUCAACGACGUUCCCCUUCAUUUUCGGAAACGACAAGCUUCCUGUGUUGAUUCCUUGUGCAAUCGACCAGGAUCCGUAUUUCCGGAUGACUAGAGACGUAUCUCCUCGAUUAGGGUUCCCAAAACCAGCACUGAUCCACUCAAGCUUCUUUCCGGCCUUGCAAGGCGCCAAAACAAAAAUGUCUGCAAGUGACGUUAAUUCGGCCGUUUUUCUAACCGACACUCCCAAGCAGAUCAAAAACAAGGUCAACAAGCAUGCAUUCUCCGGUGGAAGGCCUACAUUGGAAGAACAUCGUCAGUUUGGUGGAAAUACGGAUAUUGAUGUCAGUUUCCAAUUAUUGCGCUUUUUCCUAUUAGAUGAUGAUGAGCUGGAACGUAUUCGUAUCGCCUAUACAAAAGGUGAACUGCUGAGUGGUGAAAUUAAAAAGAUUGCUAUCGAAACUCUGCAGCCAAUCGUUGCGGAACAUCAAGUAAAAAGGAAGGAUGUGACUGACGAAAUUCUGGAGCAAUUUAUGACUCCCAGAAAGCUUAACUACGAAAUAAACACAAAGAAAAGCAAGUAACGACAGAAUGGAGAAAUCCUCGAAGGUAUUUGAAAGUACUUUUAAUCGGCGGACUACCUAUUUGCGCUUAGUAAUGUUGUUGAUUCACUGCUAUAAGAAGAAAAAAAGUUAUUGUAAGUAGACCACAUGCGUGUCGCUGUCAAUAUUUAUUUGCUAUUUAUGUUCGUUACGAUCAAGCGAAUGCUACAACUUUAUAAUAUUGAAAUACUGUUAAGAAGAUGCAAUGCCUACGGAGAAAAG